AUCAGCCAGUAGUCUGGUCGGAACAACUGUCAUUUAGAGUGAGUGGACAUGAUGGGGAAGACAGAGCGAGAGCUGGAAAACACGAAUUAAACCUUUCAAGAAGUAUCAAAAACAACUUUUAAAGUUACUUGUGUGAUGGCUACAGCUUACGUCGGCAUGUGUUAGUAUCUUACAGAGAAGCAGCAGCUUUGGCAGUUCGUCUUUCUUACUGCGAUAGGAAUUACAGCCAGUUUCGGAGGAUGUCAGCCCCCAGCAACUCGCUCCAGCAGCCGAGGGUAAGACGCAGCAAUGCGGGAUCCCCCGGCUCGUUCAACAACAGCUGCCGUUUGCACCCCAUCCGUGCCACCGUGCCCUACCAGCUCCUGCGCGGGGGUCAGAGCAGCCCGACGAGGGCGCAGACCCUCUACGGGGGAGCCACGAACAGCCGAGGCUCAAGCCCCCCCUCCAGCCCGACACUCAGUUCAGGAAGUGCUAAGCAAAGACUGUCCCCCGAAAAUAAGGAUUCCUCCUGCCCCUCAGACUCUCCAGUUUCCAGAGCAGAGAGGUCCAAGUUACAGGUUCGUAGUUCCAGUGCCAUCCGGCGGACAUCUUCCCUGGAUGCCAUCACGGGGCCAUACCUCACCGGCCAGUGGCCACGGGACUCCCAUGGACCCUACCCUUCAUGUAUGAAAGACAAAGCCACACAGACUCCAGGUCUCUGGAUUGAUGAGGGAGCAGAACAGGGAAGUCCUCACCAGCGGUCAGCCUCCUGGGGCAGCGCAGACCACCUCAAAGAGCAGAUUGCUAAACUGAGACUGCAGCUGCAGCGCAGCAAACAGGUCAGCCGGCAGAGCAAAGACAGGGAGCAGGGCUCGCUGCAGCUGUCGCAACAGGCACAGCAUGGCAUUGCAUGCCAACCACAGUACAAGGGAACUUCAUCAGCCUUGUCGGCAAUCCCCGUGCCAAAAUCCCUCAUAUCCAGAGUGCCAAGCAGUGUGGAGGGUAUCAACCACGAGCUAGAAAAUGUGUUUAUCAGAGAGGACUGGGAACAUGGCAUACAGGCCAUGGAUGUGGUAGAUGGCCGCCGCGCCCCCUUCCCUCCGCAUCACUACAGCAACAGCGGGGACACACGUGACACGGACACACAGGCUCCUUCAAGUGGUGACUCCAGUCCGUUGCUCCACCCCUACAGCUCCGACCACCUCCACUCCCCUGAUGGAAGCCCCUGUUCUGCAGAGGACAUUGACAAAGACAAUUUGUGCAGUUCUCCUCUUCCCAAUUUUGCCACUUCUCCCAAACCCAACAACAGCUACAUGUUCAAACGGGAACCUCCAGAGGGCUGUGAGAGGGUCAAAGUGUUCGAGGAGAUGGUGUCCGGCAAAUCAAAAGGCUUCCCUCUUUUCUCGUGCCCUGACAAAAACAAGGUGAACUUCAUUCCUAGGGGCUCUGCCUUCUGCCCGGUCAAACUCCUCUGCUCCUCCCUCUUCUCCCCCGUGUCUCCCUCGUCCUGCUCCUCCGCCAGCCCCGGUCUCCAUGGCAACGACAGCCCAGGGCCUCAGGUGACCCCAACUCUGCCCACUGCACCACUAGCUACCUUUCCAGCCUCCGCUGACUGGAGCACCGACACAAGCACAGGCAUAAACACAGACAACAGCACAGACAGCCCGAGCCCCGAUGCAGAUGUGGGGAAAGAUGGCUCAGCACAAGUUCUCCUCACCAGCUAGUCCUCAGGUAUUCAUGACCAAACCUCCUACAGCUAACACUUCAGCUAGUCAGGUUGGCUGGUUUUAAAACAGAGAAAACAAACAAAAGCAAAAAAAAAAAAAAAAUAAAAAAAAAAAAAAAUCCUUGCACUCCGUUAAUCCUAACGUUAGCCAGCAGGGAGUGCCCAAGGUCUGGAAAUGACAAACACAUUGGAGGAUAAUGGUACCAGCAUCCUGCUGCACAGGCGCAUCUGCUCGGUCCCAGUGUUUGUCCCGCUGUCAUGGAACUCUGAUGUUUUAUCAGGAAAACUUGAUAGUUUGAUCAUUGUCGUCCAGACUUAAGUGUGUGCUGACCUUGGGCACAGCUUCCCUUCACCCAUCACUAACCUAGCCUUCUCCUCUGUACUGUGACAACUCCCAUAACAAAAAUAGCUUUGCUUUGUUUUUUCGCAAAAAAAUAGAAAUUACAGCUCAAAUUAUUGUGUUACGUAGUGCCUGCAGUUUUAUUAAGAUAAAUUAAAAAGGAAAAAUCAUAAAACUUUCACAAGAAACAACUCUGAGGUAUCAGAAACUCAUUCUACUCAUGUUAUCUAACCGGCUUAUUAGCUGUUACGUGUUCAGCAAGCUAACAUCUAAAGUAAAUAUACACAAGCUUUUUGACAGGAUGGGAAAUGCUUGAUUCAUAUUUUAAACAUAUUAGGAUGUGUUGCAGUUAAAACACAUUGCCCCACAUUAACCACAAUGUUUGCACUUGUUAAGACCUGGAUCAGAGUGACAGGCUGAGGCCUGUUUUAUUUGUUUAUUAUUUUAAAGUAUUUGUAUCACAGUGUCUGUGUGAAACCAGCAGUUGCUGGAGUGCAGGCUCCACCUGACAGGCUUACAAAUUCUAGUCUGAUCACCAUUCAAACACAAAAUGCAAAUCAACUCUUUUUCAGUGACCAAAUAACCAAUAACAAAGCACACAAUUCCCCUAUUGCCUUGUUUUAUUGCCCCACACUACCCAGAACAGUAACUCAGGUCAUAUGGAAUGUACUUGCUUGGACUAUGUUGCCUUUCCCCAGUGUUUAUGACUUUAUUCUACAGAAAGACAUUCCAGUCUUUUGCAGAAAUGUUUAUUUUUUCCCCGGAGAGGGAGGUUAUUAUGGACUGAAUCAACUGAUUGAUGUCACAGCUCGUGACAGAUGACUUUUGGAUUAACCUGUUCAGGUUAGGGUUUCAGGUGCUAUGACACAUUCCAGAAAUCACUGUUGCAUUUGUCAACCGUGAGUACUAGUGUAAACGCAACUAGCUACAUAAGCUACGUAAUCCCGAAUUGAGAAGUUGACAAAUGUGUUGUUUGUUUUACCCCUUUUUUCAAUAUGUACCAAAGCAAAUGACAAAACAGUGUGAGGCCUGUCAUGUAUUUGGGACAAGAGGCACCAUUUUUGUGCCAGAAGCAGAAUGUUCAUGUGCACUUUUGUUUUGUUAAUAAACAGUUCAGCGACAUGUAAACACUGGUUCAUAGUGUUUCAAACACAGGCGAUAAUCCUUAAAUCAAGCCGAAGCACUUAUUUGGAAGUGAGAUGAUAAUCACUAUUUUUUUUUUCUUAUUUUUAGACCAAUUUGUAACUUAAAACAAUCAGAACUUGAGUGUGCAAUUGAUUUUUGUUUGAAGUAAAGAUACACUAACAUUUUUUGUGUAACACAGUUUGGCUCAAUGUAGAGAUCCAACCGGAUGUGCCCUUAAUGUCACCUGCACAAGUUGUGUCACCAGAACAUAUAGAAAAAGAAAACAUGACUGAUUUAGAGAAUUAGUAAAUGUUUCAUUCCAAAACUUUGGUCUUUCAAACCACUUGCACACAGAAUUCAAAUACGAACAAUAUGCAACACAUUCCACACGGAUUAAGUUGAUGUACUCUCUUCUGCUUGCAGCUCCAAGAGUUUCAUUCAUACUAAUUCUGAUUUUAUUCACAAGCUCAUUGCAGUGCAGUUAAGGAAUGGUUGCCAUGUUUGGCGAUGAUGAUUCAGUUCUCCUGUGUAUUACGCAUUUUUAUGUAGAUCUUGUGUGUGUUUUUCAAUAAAGAAAACAAGAAAAUCUC